CAGCAGUCUCCCGGAAUUGGCCAAAGACCAGGAUGUCUGGAAACCAGACCGAGAGCUGGUCCCAGAAGUUAGAGGUGAUGCUGAGGGCCUUGAACCGUACCCUGUCCCGUGUGGACCCGUGUCCCCAACCGGGCAAGGAAGACACGGGGAAAAAAGACUCCUAUGCCUACAUGUACAUCCUGUUCAUAAUGAUCCUGUUUGCCCUGACGGUUGGGAGCCUGAUCCUUGGCUAUACCCGAUCCCGGGAGGUGGACAAGCAGAGCGAUCCCUAUCAUGUUUACAUCAAGAACCGGGUGACCAUGAUUUGAGGGAGGGAAAGAGAAGGACCCCGGGAUUCUUCCAUGCCUUCUCUGAACAAGGAAAUCUCUUUUUCAUUGGGCGUUGAGUCUCCGUCUCAGGACUUGAGGAACACCGGCGUUCUGAUGAGUGGAAAAACUGUCUGAGGUGUGGCGAAGGGAACAGGGCCUGCCAAGAAGCCGUAUGGGCUGGCAGGACCGCCUUCAGCUACACAUUUACAAGGGCUGCGUUUUGUAACGUUUUUAAAAACUUUCCUAAUAGUAAACUUUAUGGAUCUGGC